AUGGUCUGGGCUGGUAGUUUGAAUGGAGAUACUCCAGAAGAGGUUGGGUUGCUUUGUGCAGAAGAUGGUAUGCUGUAUACUAUCCUCAAGAGCCAAAUGGGAGAUGCGGUUCCCAAAUUGACUGUUCUAGACAAGAAGGGGAAGGUGGAAAUAUUGCAUGAAGAUGCAGUCUGUGGCUCAAACCUGACUGAGAAAGCUGAUGGGUCCAUAGUAAUCGCUGCCACUUAUGAUGGAUGUUUUGUUAGCCAUAGGAAUGACUCGUAUGUGAUGGUUCUGAUGGUAUCUUAUAAAGAUGACUAUGGGGAAUGGAAGGUCCCUGAGCAGAAGGAGCUGAGUUGCCCAAUCAGGCCAGCCAUGGAUGCUCCAAGCCCUAGUCAAUGUACUUCCGUUAUUCCAUCGGACCGGAUUCUCUGUGGCAAAGAACCUGUUAACGGUGAUCUUUGCCAAAGCCUUGGAUGCUGUUAUGAUGCUAGCGAUAGAAUCAAUACCUGUUACUAUGGAAACAAAGUAACUGUACAGUGCACCAGUGAUGGGAUUUUCUCGGUAGCCAUCUCAAAGUAUGUGACCUUACCACCUCUCAAUCUGGAGUCGGUAACCCUAGCCAGGGCUUCUGAUCGAAGCUGCACCCCCGUUACCAUCAACAAUGCCUUCCUUCUCUUCCAGUUUCCGCUUUCUGCUUGUGGGACGACCUUUAAGUCUGUAGGUAAUCAGGUGGUAUAUGAAAAUGAGCUGGUAUCAAAAAGAGGAGUGCUAACCUGGCAAGGCUCCUCUAUUACUAGGGAUAGUACCCUCAGGCUGACUGUCCGCUGCACCCUGUCUUCAGACUCGUUCCUCCCUCUAAAUGUUGUGGUGUCGCCUCUGACUCCACAUGUGGGUCUGACCAGUUAUGGGCCAUUAAACCUGGAGAUGAGACUUGCCAAAGAUAAUAAAUAUAGUCAGUACUACACUGAUGGAGAAUACCCAGUUGUGAAGCUCUUGAGAGAUCCUGUGUAUGUGGAGGUCCGUAUCUUGCAGCGGGUAGAUCCUCAACUUGUACUGGUGCUUAUGGAUUGCUGGGCAACCCCAACACCUGAUCCUUACCAGCAAACUCAAUGGCCACUUCUGCUGGAAAGAUGCCCAUUUGGAGGCGACAACUAUGAAACAUUAGACGUAGAGGUUGAAUAUCUGGCCAACAGAGACUUUGCCUCUCACUACAAAAGAUUCAUUGUCCGCACGUUCACAUUUGAGGAUACCACAUCACAACAGCCUUUGCAUGGUCAGGUGCACUUACACUGCAGCGCUUCGGUCUGUGUGCCAUCUCCUACAGAGCGGUGCCUUGCUUACUGUCCAACCAGGCGUAAGUAUAAUGUCGUGGCUCUGGAUUUAGGGGUAGCUGAGUGGGUUGAACAGCACAAAAAAAUGUUUUCAUGGAACAUAGACUUUCAACUUGUUUAG